AUGACCUGCAGGUUGCAGCGCGAAUUCGGGUUCUCAAAUUUCGUGGGCGGCCGGCCGGACCGGGUGGGGGAGGGGGGGCAGGGGCCAUGGCGACAACCGGCGGCAUUCUACUCUGGCCUUCGCGGCGGGCAGAUGCUGGGCGAGGCCACUGUGAAGAUCAGCCAGAAGUGGGGCCUCACGGAAAAGCUCCCAUUCGGGAAUCCUGAAGGCCCUUCAUCGCGGAUGAGUCCUACCUGGACGAGGCCAUCGGCUAUCCUUUGGCCAUCAUCGGCUUCUACUUCCAGCUCACCCACUUCUUCGUGCUGCUGCCCUUCCCCUUGGACUGGCUCCUCUGGCCCGUGA